AUGAAUAAAAUUAUCCAUUCUUGGCUAAAGGAUAUCAUAUAUAAGCUAUAAAAAUUUAUGUUUAAUUUACAUACUCAAGUAUCUCAAAUUAAGAAGCAAUAUAAUGAAUCAAGCAAUUAUAGAGAAAACCAAUAAGUUUAAAAGAAUGAUUUAAGAAUGAUAUAUUUGAGGAAUAAUUUACACUUAAUAAAAUGUCAACAUCAUCAAACAAAAACAUAAGAUUUAGUUAGAUUUUGCCAUCGUAGUUUCCAACUUAAGAUUCAAUCAUUACCUGAUUAAUCAUGUUAAAUAUUUAUAUUUAAUUUAAAUUAUUCAAGCAUCAGUUUAUAAAAUCAACAAUAUCAAAUUAAAUUAAAUAAAACCCUCUCUACAUAACCAAAUUAAAAACUCUAAAAAUUAAAUUAUUAAUUAACAUAUUAUAUGAUCGUCCUUAUAUAUAUAUACAACUGUUAAACUAAUAUAAUCAUGUAAAUUGCAUUUUAAUAAUUAGGUGAAUAUAAUUGUCAAACUUGUGAUACUAAUUAUGAUUUUUGUCCUAGUUGUCCCUCCACAAGAAAUUUGAACAUUGAUGAAGAAGGAGUCAACGUAACCGUAUGUCAAUGCUAACAAAUUUUUUUGGAUAUUGGAGGAUAAGAGUGUUUGUGUAAAUUAUAAAAUCAAAAUUAGAAUGCCUUUCUAAUUGUGUGAAUUGUGAUCCAAAUGAUCCAUCUAAAUGUAUUAGUUGUGGAAAUGAAGAGCUUACUUAUAGAGUUUUAGACAGUAAUUAAACAUGUAUAUGCAAAGAAGGGGUAUACAUACAAUUCUUUAAGCAUUUUUGA